AGCCAGUUGUGCAAAGGAGACCAAUGACUCGGUCUAAAACAACAAGUGAAGGUGUGCGAGUAGAGGAACCUGAUCAUGCAGAUACUUUAUCUUCUCCAGCACCACCAAUUGAAAAAUGGAGCAAGGUUGCUAAUGGAGAACUUGUACCGCCUCCCCCGCCAUUGCCAACUAAUCUCCAGCAUUUAAAGCAUAUAAAAAAGAUUUCUGUGAACGAAGGAGUUGGUUGCAUGGCGGCGUAUAAUAAACUGCAAGAAUCCAUAAAGAGAAGGGAAGAAGAAGAAAAAGAAAGGGAAAUUGAGUUGAUGAAUAAUGCUAAGGCUUGUGAGAACCAAGAGGGCACCAAUGUGGUUCAAGAAGGUAUUUAUUAA